AUGAAGAACCUUGUUUCGCUCGUGUGCGGCCUGGCGCUGUUCCAGAUGACUCUGGCUGGUGCCAGCGUCCCCGGAUUCUUUUCUCGCCUCUUGACCACAAACCAGCAACUUGAUGUGGAACAGGUCCGUCGGGAACUCGGUAGUCUUGUUUCCGACGCCACCCUCAUCUUUGGACCGGAUGAUGAAAAGGGCGGAAUGUACGUCGGCCACGGACGCCAGGAGGGCCUGUACGGCAUGGUCAGCGACGACGUGGUCCGGCUCAGCGUGGUGCUGGGCAACCGCGCGGCCGUCAGAGUCGGCGAGGGCAGCCACGUGGAUCUGCUCUGGGCAUCAUGA